AUGAUAUCCGAUGAUAAACCAACAUCACCUAUAGCACGAUCAACCGAAUAUAUUUCAAUCGAAGAAUCCGAAUUUGGUUCCAUCGAUUACGAGGAUGAUUCCAUUUCCGAAAGUUUGCAAGAUAAUACGGUUCCAAGUUUUGAAGUAUUUUUAAAAAUAAAACCAUCCACGAAAAAAGCAGAAUUUUUUGAUACAAUUAUGAAACAACGUAUUAAUGAUUUUUUAAAUGGACAUAAUUCAACGAUCAUGAGUUUUGGUACAACGAAUUCUGGUAAAACGUAUACACUUCAUGGUACACCAGAACAACCUGAUUUUGAGGAACCAGUUAAAAGUCGACCAUUGAAAUUAAUCGGUGAUAAGAAUGGUCAAGCUUACGUUCAUGGAUUGACGACAAUUUACGUGACAACACCUUUCGAAGCUUGUCAAAUUCUCAUUGCUGGACAAUCACGAAUGAGUUCGUCAUUUACUAAUUUAAAUCCUAGAAGUUCAAGGUCUCAUACGAUAUUUACGAUAGGUUUGUUAAAGUAUCAAAAAGCUUACGCACCCCACGAAACUGAGGCAAGUACUCUGACAUUUUGUGACUUGGCUGGUUCUGGACGUUCCAAGGGUUUGGGUGAAAAUAUCGAAAGAUUGCAAGAAGCUAAAAAUAUUAAUAAAAGUUUAUUGAGAUCAGAAAAAUUGAAAGAUUUUAAUGUUCAUACUACGAGAACCAAUGAAACUAACGAAAUACGUCAUGAAUUAAAAUCAUUGAAUGAUACUAAAACGAUUCAUAGUUUGGAACAAAAUUCUACAAUUCGUGAUGAAAGUUUUAAUACUAAUUUGAACAUUGAUGAUCGAAUUGACAGUAAUGACAAUGAAAUCAAUGAAUUGAAGAAACAAUUAUCAGAAAAAACGAUGAACGUUGAGAUAUUACAAUUGCAAUUGAAAUCCUGUGAAAGGACAUUAAAUGACAGGGAUAAUGCUUGGAAGGAUGCUGAGAAUAAAAAUUUAAAUUUGUUAAAAAAAAUUGAAUCCUUAGAAAAUGUUAUCAAAGUAAUGGAGUGUGAUAGGAAAAAUUUGACAAAACCUAAAUCACCGUUUUACUUAGAAGAAGUUUCAUCGUCACCCUUGGAUGAUAAAAUUAAUUGUCAAAUUGAUAAGAAUCAUCUAAGAUUGUCAUCUAUUAUGGAAAAUUCAUUUUUUUGUGACGAUUCGAACGAACCACAGGAAUUUGUAGUUCAAGCACACGUUGAUAUUAAAAAAAAUAAAUUCAAGAAUAUUGGUAAAAAAGGUUUUAUUGGAAAGGAUUGUUCCAACGUUAUGGAAAUGGAUACUAAAAAUAUUUUGGAAAUUUCUGGUAAUGAUUUACGUCAGAGUAAUGCAAGUAGUAAAAAUGAUUCUGGUAUAAUGAUCGAUGAAUCUUUCGAUAAUAAAAAUUGUUAUUCAAGUAUUAAUUCGGACAAAAGUAUUUGCGAUAAAAAGGAAUUAAAUGAAAUUGAAAAAUUUAUCAACGCACAUUUGUCAAAGGAAAUUCAAUUUGAAGAAAAUGAUAACGAAUUGAAAGAAAAUUUCCAAUUGAACGAUGACAAUGAAUUUGUUCGAAUGAAAUGUUAUGAAUUUUUAACAUGUAAAUGUCAAUGUUUGGAAGAUUUAUUGAAAUGGAUAAAGAAAAAACGUGAUUUACAAAAAGAAUAUUGCAAAACGGAACAUUUAUUGAAAUUAGAUGAAUUGAGGAAAGAAUUGUCAUUGAAAACGCAAGAAAUUGAUCAAGCUAAUGAACAAAUUUCACUAGCUAAUCGUGAUUUAAACAAAUUGCAAGAUUUAAUGAAAAGAUUGAACGAUUUGAUGAUCGUCACUGCAGAUUUUCAAAAAAACAACAACGAUCUUUACGACGAGUUGAGAAAACGUAAAGAAAUUCAAUUGAGUUUAGAAACAAAAUUGAAAUAUUUGGUAACAUUGAUGGAAGCUAAGGAAGAUGAGAUAAAACAUAUGAAAGAUAAUAUUACGAUGAUUUUUCAAGAUAAUACUGGUAACAAUGACAAAUCUAAAGAUUUGGGUCUUCGUAUAAUCGAAAUAAAAGAGAGAUUGAAUUCCAUUAAGGAAGAAUUGAUUGAUUCGGAAAGAAAACACUUGAAUGAGAAGAAUGAAGAAUUGAUUGAAAUGAGAAGUCAAUUAAAUCGUAAAGAAGAUGAAAUGAAUUGGUUUAAAACUAACAGAGAUUCGACGAUCAAGAGAUACGAAUAUUUGGUUAAACAAUUGCAAGAUGAGAUAGAAAAAUUCAAAGAACAGUCGCGUCUUGAAACGUCAGAAUUAAAAGAAAUCAAUCGCAACAGUUCAGUCGUUCGUACAUCAAACAAAUUCAAAGUAUCUGAAUCAUUGAAAAAAUUAACUCGAGUUGGUCGAAAUUCUGACGGUAGUUGGAGGAAACCUAAUUAUUUGAGAAAAAAAUCGAUCGAUGAUAAAUCCCUAGGAUCGACUAGUAAUUUUUCUGUUAAACGAGCUACAAGUUCGAACGAAACUAUUGUAGAAUCAAUGAAGGAAAAUAAUCCGCAAUUAAAACGUUACAAUGAAUCGAUUUGUCAAUUACCAAUUGAUGAAGAUCAAAUGUUAACCAGUCAAACAGAAAGCGACGUAGAUUCGUACGAGUCGUAUGAUUCCCGUGUUGAUACCACAACUGAAAGUUCGACGAAAACGAACUAUUACGAUUCCGAGGAUUCUGAUGAGAAUUCAUUUAGGAUCAAAAGAAACAGAAUGACUGGAUGGAUGAGAAUAAGAAGAAUCGAUGGUAGAACUGUGUUACCUUCUUGCUCAGAGUUUCAUUUGGAGGAUAGUGAUAUAUCCGAUUCAUAA